UUUAAAUUAAAAAUUUGAAAGAUGGAGCUUCCAAACGAAGUUUAUGAGAGAAGUCCCUACAAAACAGAUACGCCUUUUGCUGAUCUCCAGAUGGGAAGUGACGAAUACAAACAUAUUAGGGAGAAGUUUGUAUCUGGAUUUGAUGGAGGAUCCUAUUUUGAAAUAGCAGCAGUUACUGUUAUGCCUUUGCUCUUAUGAGCAGUUAACAUGAUGAUGGUAGCAUAUCUUAAGUCCAUCUCUUCUUGGUGGAAGAAGAUUAGAGGAGAAGAUAACUCAGUUGUAAGACCGAAGGAUCUGAGUUUCUUGGCCCAUGUGUUUAACAUAUUUUUUGAUGUUGGUACAAUCUGAGUACCAUUCAUAUUUUCAGUGUAUUAUCCAGCCUCUCUCUAUAGCAUCUAUAUAGGCAUAACUGGCUUGGUUGUGUUGCUAAAAAUACUUGGUGGCGACCUCUAUACUUUGCCUUUCACAUCAGAAAUCAAAGAAUAUAUCGUAAUCAAGCCUAAGGAAGGCUUUAAAGGGAAGAAACCUAAUGAGAAAAGAUUUUCUAUGAUGAUAAGGAUUUUUAAAACAGGAGUUAUGAUUCCAACUGUUAUUUGAAUCUUUGCAGUAGAUUUUCAUGACUUCCCGAGGAGGUUUGUCAAAACACAUACUUUUGGCAUAUCACUCAUGGAUAUUGGAACAGGGUGCUUAAUUUUUAUUAGUGGAAUUUCUGCAAAUGUGAUAAGAAAUAAGGGUGUGCCUUUAGCAUCAAGGCUGGUGAAAAGCAUCAAAGCUAUCCCAAUCAUUAUGGCUAUAGCACUUGGAGGCUACUUCUCAAGGUACUUUACAAAUCAUCCUGAAGUAGUCACUGAGUAUGGGGUGCAUUGGAACUUCUUUUGGACAUUAGCAAUUAUCAGCAUUGCAUCUGCUUGCGUAUCUAAUCCAAGAAGUAGGUCAGCGAAUUCUUUUGGAAUGUAUACUAUAUAUCAACUUUUCUUGUAUUUCGGAGGAACUGAAUAUAUUUUCAACGCUCCAAGAGACAACUUUUUCAAUAAAAACAGAGAGGGAAUUCUUGGUUGCAUCGGAUACAUUUGCAUAUAUCUUUUAGGGAUCGCAUGUGGUGAAUUUGUUAUUAAAAAAUCAGAAGCUGCUAAAGAGUCUUGGAAGAAUCCUCCUUGCACACAGACUUUAGUGAAUUUACUGCCAGUGUAUAUUUUAUCAUGCUUGGGAACUUUUAUUUGCUUAACUUAUGUCCAAUCUUAUUCUAGAAGAAGCGUUAAUAUUACAUAUGGAGUCGCUGUGAUAUCCUUUAUCAGUCUCUCAAUGAUAGUAACUUACACUGUUAUUACAAUGCUGAAGGGAUACCAAUAUUGAUACUUAAUGAGCAUCAUCGAAGAGAACCAGUUUGUGUUCUUCAUGAUCUCCAACCUGGUGAUGAGCCUGUAUAACAUCAGUUUCAUGACUACAUUCCACUCAAAUGCAAUUGCCAUCCCAGUUCUCGUGGUCUAUAUCACUCUAACCUUGCUGUUGACAGACCUCUGAACCAGAAUAGGAAUUAAGCUAAAGUAGUUCAAUUUUAGAAGACAUAA